GCCACACUGCGCAUCUAUUAACUUGUCUUAGGUGUUGUCUCCCUAGAAAGUGCUCAACAAUAGCUGUCUGCACACUGGCCUUCCCAUAUUUCAGGGGAAUGACUGGAUCGCCGCUUAUCAAAACUGUCGCCAUCAUCGGCGCUGGCGCUGCAGGUGCUGCUGCGGCCGCAGCAUUCGAUGCAGAAGAAUACUUUGAAAUAAUCCGCGUGUUUGAGCGCAGAGAAAUCGCCGGUGGGACAUGGUCUGUUCAUCCACCGUUCCAUAUCAUCUAGCGCUUCAGUGAGGAGAGCAGGAGCCGCAGUCAACAUGUGGUGCCUGAAAUAGUAUACCGAGAGGAUAAGAAAUAAAUAUCAAGCCAACACUAAUGAUAAGUUGCUGAAUCUGAAUCUCUCGACCAGGAUCUACGACCCUGACCCCAGCCCCAUGAUCACGCCUUGUCCGGGCAAGCUUCCACCAGACAUUGACCCCCGCUGAAGAUUCCCGGAAACUUGCCCGCUAUCACUAAACCAUCAACCCAAGAGCGAUACGAGAAGACACCUAUCCAUGAGAAACUUACAACAAAUGUUCCGGCCAUAGCAAUGGCACUGGCCGGUAUCCCAUUUCCAUACGGUCCAUUUGUGCCGCAUCACGUCCCAAAGCGGUACAUCGAGAACUAUUUUUCCGUGCAUCGGACGGAUCGCUACCUCGUUCUGGGCACGACGGUGGAAGAUGUCUCCCCAGUGACAGGCAGCGGGGAUAAAUGGGUGUUGACGUUGCGGCAGCACGAUCCGGUCGACCAUGUGGAUUGUUGGUGGACUGAGGAAUUCGACGCGGUCGUGUUUGCCAAUGGCCACUAUAGCGUCCCCUAUUCGGUCUGACACAAUUGCAGGUACCGCCGGUCAAGGGUCUGGAUGAAUACAUCAAAACAUAUCCUGGACGCAUCAUUCACUCCAAGUCAUACCGUUCUGGCGAGCAGUUCCG